AUGAAGGCGAUUGUAGUGUGUCUGUUUUGUGUGAUAAUAUUAGUGGAAAGUGAUGAAUACCUUAAUGUGACGUAUGAACCUGUUCAAAGGCAGUUGUUGGACUUUAAGAAGGAACACCCGCAUCCCAUAGGCCUAUGGACCAAACUUGCCGGAGAUCCAGUGGAAAUCCGUGACACAAUAACAAUUAACUCCGAUCAGUUCAACAACCAAUUGUUUGUCGACACAUUCUCGACGUUUGAUGGAAGAAGAAUACCAGAGCGAAUAGCUACUGCCAAGGGUACAGGAGCCUUUGGUUACUUCGAAGUCACGCACGAUGUCUCCAAGUAUACAUACGCUGAUGUGUUCAAUGGAGUGGGGAAGAAAACACCAUUGGUCGUCAGGUUUGCAGCAGCGUUACAGAAUUUGGGAGGAACUGAACUUCUCAGAGAAAUCAAAACUAUGGCUAUUAAAUUUUAUACCAAAGAAGGAAACUUCGACCUUUUAACUAUUUCGACGCCCGUCUUUCCAUUCAGAGAUCCAAUGGUAUUUAGGGACCUAGUAAAUGCAUUCCAGAGAAAUCCUCAGACUAAUAUGGCUGAUUCCACGAGUGUCUAUGAUAUAACAACACUAAGGCCAGAGCUUGGUCAUAAUCUCUUUUGGAUUAUGUCAGAUUAUGGACUUCCGAAUGGCUAUAGGAGAAUGGACUCAUUUGCCAUUCAUGCUUUUGAAAUUUCAAAUAAGCACGGAGAAACACAUUACGUACGAUUCAACCUGAGAUCUGAGUUGGGUUUCCAACCACUCACAACCGCUCAAGCGGCCGCCAUUCAAUCUCAAGAUUUGGAUUACUUUACUCGAGAUUUGUACAACGCGAUUGACUCAGGAGAAUACCCUGCAUGGAAACUAGAGAUGGAUGUGAUGACGCCACAUGAAAUACAAAAAGUUGAUUAUGAUCCGUUCGACGUCACAAAACUGUGGAAGAAUGGCACUUUUAUCACCGUGCCGAUUGGUCGGUUGGUUCUAAACAAAAAUCCUGACAAUCAUUUCAGAGAUAUCGAACAAGCUGCCUUUAAUCCUGGACAUUUAGUACCUGGUAUUCCUGGACCAGUGGACUAUUUGUUCCGUGGAAGGAGAACGUUCUAUAGAGAUGCACAAAAUUACCGUCUGGGAAGAAACCACAAUAACAUUUUAGUAAAUAUGCCGUUAUACGAGAAGACGUAUGUACGAGAUGGGAGACCACCGACUAGACUUAACAUGAAGAAUGCUCCAAACUAUUACGCUAAUUCCUUUAACGGACCAGUUCCAUUUGUGGAUGAAAGUAGGCCAUGGAAGAAGUUGCAAGUAUUAGAAAAUAAUGCUGUGGAUUUGGAACCGAUGUGGUAUUUCUACAACUUUAUUCUAGAAGACGAAGCUCACAGGCAGAGGUUUAUAGACAAUAUAGUCAUCUCUCUCUUGCCCGUUACUCCGCCGGUAAUUCAAAGAGUUUUCAAACUCUUGUUCUUGGUGGACAAAGAGUUGGGUACUCGAGUAAAGGCUGCUUAUGAAGUAGCACUUGCUGCUCAGCAAGCAGCAGCAUUGGCUGCUCCUCCUCCCCCUAUUCCUGGAAGAAGAGUUCCUUCUGCGCAGGCGAAUCCUAAAAAAGAGACGAAAUGA